AUGAUUUUCAACAUCAAGCAGGGCUUCUCCAGCCUCUUCUCGGCCACUGUGGCUUACUCAAGACAAGGUCCGCCAGGAGAACCUGGACCGCGGGGCCCCCCAGGUCCGCCCGGUGUGCCAGGAGCAGACGGCAUUGAUGGUGAUAAAGGUCCACCCGGUGCAGCAGGCAGUCCUGGGACCAAAGGAGACCCAGGCCUGCCAGGACCAAAUGGAGCUUCGGGAAAGCCCGGAAUAGAUGGUCUCAUAGGAGCUAAAGGAGAACCAGGUCAUGUUGGGAGACCAGGUCCCAAAGGCCAGCCUGGACUUCCUGGACCACCAGGGCUCCCAGGACCCGGAUUCCCAGGACCUCCUGGCCCCGCAGGUCAAGUUGGGCUUCCUGGAGAAAUGGGACCUUUGGGAAUGAAGGGGGAACGGGGAUCAGAUGGACCACAAGGGGCUCCGGGGCCUCCUGGGAAGCCAGGCCCAAUCGGUCGUAUCCAAGGAGCUGAAGGCAGUGCUGAUUUCGUGUGUCCGACCAAUUGCCCACCUGGACUCAAGGGACCCCAAGGUUUACACGGGUUGAAGGGACACAGAGGCCGAUCAGGAGCUGCCGGAGAACCUGGAAGACAGGGCCGGCCGGGUCCAAUGGGUGAUGUGGGCCUGUCUGGAGAACAAGGCAUUCCUGGUCCUGCUGGUCCAGAAGGUCCCAGGGGGUACCCAGGAACGGCAGGACCAAAAGGCGAGAUGGGUCCUCAAGGUUACAAAGGCAUGACCGGGAGCAUUGGAGCUGUUGGUCCCUCGGGUGAAGAAGGUCCCAGAGGGCCCCCAGGACAAGCUGGUGAGAAGGGAGACAUUGGUCCUCGUGGCUUCAGGGGUCCUCAGGGAGAAAUGGGACCCAAGGGAGCAUGGGGGCUUCCUGGGAUUAAUGGUAAAGAUGGCAUCCCUGGCAUUCCUGGAGUGAAGGGAGGUGUAGGACAACCAGGCCUCCCAGGGCCUCUGGGACACAGAGGAUUAGCUGGUUUGCCAGGCACACCUGGGAGCAAAGGUGGUCCUGGGGAGAAGGGCGAACCAGGGGGACGUGGCCCAACAGGCUUACCUGGGCCAUCUGGAAAAAUUGGAGAGCCGGGUCCUCAAGGAGCAGUGGGUCUUCUAGGCGUCGCUGGUGUGAAAGGAGAUCGGGGUGAGAGAGGACCUUCAGGACCUCCAGGGCCACAGGGAAAAGCGGGCCCAAAAGGAGAGCAGGGACCCCCUGGAAUUCCAGGCCCCCAAGGUCUCCCAGGCGUUAAAGGCAGCAAGGGCUUCCCAGGAAAAAGUGGAUCUAAAGGUGAUAUUGGGGAUCCUGGUGUUGAAGGCCUUUCUGGAGAGAAGGGACAGAAGGGUGAAUUGGGUGAGCCUGGACCAAAAGGGCAGCAAGGUAUCCCUGGGGAGCCAGGUUUUCCUGGACCUCCUGGGGACACCGGAGCACCUGGAGUCAGAGGUUUCCCAGGGCCUCCUGGCCCUCGAGGACUUAAUGGGGAACGUGGUGUACCUGGAAUGCCUGGACCACAAGGUGCCCCGGGCAGGGACACAGGAGAUCAGCAUAUCGUUGAUGUCGUUGUAAAGAUGCUGCAAGAACAACUGGCAGAGUUAGCGGUGAGUGCCAAAAGAGCAACUUUGGGUGGAAGUGGCAUGAUGGGACCGCCUGGCCCUCCAGGGCCUCCUGGAUCACCUGGCCCCCAAGGCCCCCAUGGACAUCCUGGUUCCCGUGGUGUUCCAGGAAUCGUAGGAGUUGUUGGACAGAUAGGCAACACUGGACCCAAAGGAAAGAGGGGUGAGACAGGAGACCAAGGAGAACCUGGCCAUGGACAUCAAGGGAUGCCAGGGCCUCCAGGCAUACCAGGUCCCCCUGGUCAGCCUGGUCAAGCUGUCAACGGUAAACAUGGAGAGCGAGGUGUUCCAGGUGCUCCAGGAGAAGCAGGACGUCCUGGUUUACCUGGACCUCCUGGCCUUCCUGGAUUCUGCGAGGCUGUUGUCUGCCUUGGGGCCUCUGCCUCAGCUCAGCUGACUGAAGUAGGUUCCGUCAAAGGACCUUCAUACUGAACGUUGUCAAGUGAAAGAUCAGUUCCAUGGUUGACAUCAUUGAUUCAGCAGAAGCUUCACUACUGGCAUUAAGCAACUGGGGCCCAAAGAAAUGGGGAAACCACCAAUCCAAAACCUCUUGAUUGAUGAGAAACCUUUGCUUGGAUUUGAGUAUCCAUUCGUAUCUAUUCGCCUUCACUGGUGAGAAGACAUUUGGACAUUCUGAGUGGCGCCAAAUGGAGAUUCACCUCCAUGCAAAAAUUGCUGGUAUCUUGGAUCAAGCUUGAGCAUUUCAUUGAAAAAUUGCUUUUUUUUAAUUUAUAAGGAAUUGUAGAGCCCCUCCAAACUAUAUGAUAUCAUGGGGAAAUGAGGGGAAAUUCUCAUUUUGGGCCCCAGUAAUUUUUUGAUGGAGAGCUCCACAUGGUAGCAUUUUUUUGUUGUAAUUUGUUAAGGGUAAUUUAUGUGAAGUGUUACUAUGUGGGAGAAAUUCAGAAUUAGGAUAUGAAAAAAAAAAACUUGAAAAAUGGUGUCAAUUUUGUUCCUGUCUGUAAAGGUUUUUUUUUCGCUUGAGGUUUACUUCUUACAAGCACCUCAUCAUGGGAAAAGAAUAUAGCAAAAUUUGUUACAAGAUGGCUUUCUCUCUCGAAGAAAAAUCCCAUGAGUGAGUUGAGAUAAUUCUUGAUUUACUGACCCCCACACCCUGAUCAUUGCAGCUGCUUUUCUACUGAGUGUCUAAUUUGUUAAUGUUUUGGUCAAUUAUAUUACGUUGGUUGACGGAAUUGAUCUAUCCAAACUCAUUGCAUUUUUUAAUUGCAAAAUUAGGCUUUUUGUUCUCCCUUUUCUAUUAUGCAAUUUUCAGUUAUUAUUUAACGAUGCAUAAUACUCAG